AUGGCCGGCACCGGGACCUCCUCGAGCCACAAGGAGAAGCCCUACCAUCUCCUACUCUCCAUCGAUGCCAUGGAGCUGCCGCGCCCACCAGCUCGCUCCACCGGUCUGCUGAUGGAGCUGGACAACGGCAGGGGCCGCCUCAAGGAAACGGUAGAGGAGCUCAGGGCGGAAGAUGCACGGCUGGAGGGUUUCGGGGCACUGCACUGUGCUGCCGGCGGAGAGCGGCUGGAGGUGUGCAAGUACCUCAUCGAGGAACUCCAGGUUGAUGUGAAUGUCGUCGACAAGGAAGGAACUUGUGAAUCUGUUAAACAACUGAUUGCUAAAGGAGCCUAUAUCGACCCGGUAGCUUACAUCGACCAGGUAGAUUUUUGUGGGACACCAUUUCAUUGCGCUGCUACUAAAGGGCAUGAUGACAUUAUGAAGAUUUUAUUGGACCAUAAUGCAGAUUGCAACAAAUUGGUAAAUGGCAAGACACCUCUAAUUGCAGCUAUAGAUGCCACCUCAAGGAACUGUAUGGUUCUCCUGAUUGAGGCUGGUGCUGAUCGCAUGGGAGCUUUAACCUAUGCUAUGGAAAAUCUCCAUUCUGAAAAACUUGUUUCAACUGACUUCGUCAAUUACAUUAUGGAGGAUGUUGCUGCCAACCGUUUUGUUCCUGAUGAUGAUGAGCCUGAGUCUAGAAGUAAAACUAAAGCGGAAGGCUUUAAGAAACUUGCGGACUGUAGUUUCAAGCAGGAGGAUUAUCUUAGUGCAGCAAAAUCCUACACUGUGGCAAUAAGGUUUAAUCCCAAAAUUGCAACAUUGUACUCAAACAGGAGCCUUUGUUGGCUUCGCAUGGGCGAGAGCGACAAGGCUCCGUUGGAUGCUUACAAAUGCAGAAAAUUGCGGUCUGACUGGCCAAAAGCCUAUUACCGGCAGGGUGCAGCUCUGAUGUUGCUCAAGGAUUACAAGGGUGCACGCGAACAUUUCUCGGAUGGACUCAAGUUGGACCCGGCCAACACUGAGAUGGAGCACGCAUUACGGAAAGCUUAUGAUGCCAUGAAAGAUGUCUCGGAGCCCCAAGGUUGA